GUUCGCCGUAGCCCAAUGAAGACGAGCGGCGGGGAGGGGGGCGGGCAGGGAUUGGCCGAGCGCGGCAGUGGGCGGGGCGGUGGCUGGGCCCGCGCGGGGGAGCGGAAGCGCGGCGCUGAGGGCGGCUGUGGCGGCGGGGCCGAGGGGGCGGCGGGGCCGGCCGGGUGCGGCGCGAUGCGGGACAGCCGCCGCCUCUUCCCGCUGCUGCUCCUGGCGCUGCUGCCCGGGCUGUGCCACGGCGGGGAGACGGCACCGGGCGCCGUGACUUGCGGCUCGGUGCUGAAACUGCUUAACACCCGCCACAACGUGCGGCUCCACUCUCACGAGGUCAAGUACGGCUCCGGAAGUGGGCAGCAGUCAGUGACAGGAGUUGAAGCUUCAGAUGAUGCCAACAGCUACUGGCGGAUCCGUGGGAAGAGUGACAGCAGUUGCCAGCGUGGGACACCAGUGAAAUGUGGGCAAGCCAUACGACUUACCCACGUUAACACUGGAAAAAAUCUGCACACUCAUCACUUCCCAUCACCACUCUCCAAUAACCAAGAAGUAAGUGCCUUUGGGGAUGAUGGCGAAGGAGAUGACCUGGAUUUCUGGAUUGUGCAGUGCAGUGGGACUUACUGGGAGCGGGAGGAUGCCGUGCGCUUCAAGCACGUGGGGACGGAGGUGUUCCUGUCCAUCACGGGGGAGCAGUACGGCCACCCCAUCAGAGGCCAGCGGGAAGUUCAUGGCAUGCCUGCUGCCAACCACCACAACUACUGGAAAGCCAUGGAGGGAGUCUUCAUCAAACCCAGUCUGGACCCUGCAAAACAUGAUGAGCUCUGAAUUGACACGGGAUCCAAAAUGCUUCGUUUGACUCCAGUGUUUGGAGAUGCUAAUCCUUGGUCUCUUCUAAGUCCUGCCUUGCCUGAGUGACUGAUUUUCUGUGUUACUGAAGGGCAUUAGUUCAUUCUAGGAAUGCAGCACUUCUGUGGGGAAUGGCUUCUGCCAGGUUCAGCCACUGACAUUUAUUUGGUGAAGUCCUUUCUGAAUUUCCAAGCUUUAUUGGUGAAACUAGUUCAUACAUCUGUUAGGUUUUGUUGUCAUUUGUUUGCUUGUUACUUUUUCUCGAAUUCGAAGGAAAUGAAAAAACGAAAGUAAUACUUUUCUCUAGUCUCAAGUACAAUAAGACUUUGUAUUUUGUAGUCUUUUUCCAGCUAUAAUUAAAUAUUUAGAAACUGAUUUCUACAUCCUAGUGAAAGAUUGUUAUUGAUGAGGAGAUGGAUUGUGUGUAGAAACAGAAAAAUGGUUCUGAAAUAUGUGAGAGUUUCAAUCUGUAUUGUAUUGGAAGACUUGAAAAUAUUGUUUAUGUUGGAGUAAGAAGACAAAACUUUAAUACUUUGUCCAAGAAAUUCAGAUGUUCUAGUAGUGGUGGUACAGCUGAUUGUCCAUUGGUAAGGCUGCUCUGCUCUAUGAACAGGUGCAGAAAACUGCUGCUUCCUUAAUUAAGAUUAGAAUUUUACAGAGUUUCUUAUGGUGUAAAGGAACGGUUAAAUUUGGCUUACUUCUGUGUCACUCUACAACAUCAGUAUGACAAUGCAGGUGAAUAAAUAGUGAGGCAUACACCUCUGUGGGGCUUUUUAUGUGUGAAUCCAGAAGAGCAAAAAAAAUCUGAAACAAUGGUUUGGUCAUGGAUUUCUGACAGAGUGGUAUGCACUGGAGUGCUAGCAAGGAAUCUUCACUGAGCAAGUUAAGAAUUUGUGUGCUCCUCUGUGGAAAGAAAUUAAUUCUUCAGUGCAUUUUUUACACGGUGUUACUGGAAAUACUGAUUAAAAUUCAAAAUACCAUGUA